AUGGUUUAUCAGUACCUGAUGUUCAUCUUACCUGGGUUUGUCGGUCUCGUCACUUUAGCGACAACUGUGACAGGUCAAUAUAGCAACGUGACCAGUCUAGAGAAAGAAUUUUGGGCAUGGAGAAUUGCAGACUCCCCUGAAUACGCAACCUUCUUAGGAUAUUACGCCUACAACGACCGACUACGAUCAUACAAUAUGUCGAUUUUUGACACCAGGAAGAGCAAGGUAGAAGAAUUUAGUACAAGAUUGAAGGCAGUGUCAAUCACAAAUUUCACUGCUACUCAGAAGGCUGAUUAUGACAUCCUCUCGGACACAUUUACAUCAUAUCUAGAGGGACACCAAUGGGCAUUGUACAGUUCCAUAAACCCGCUGAAUUUUCUAGGAGGGAUACAUCUGGAUUACCCGGUGUCAAUGGCAUCGACCAGUACUAGAGGUGACUUUGAGAAUUACAUCGUACGACUACAGGGAAUCCCAAAUCUGAUCAAAGAUGUUAUUGAUACCAUGAAGAAAUCUGUUGAACUGAACAGGACGCUACACAGACAUUCCAUUGAGCCAGUUCCAGAACAAAUCGGGCAGCUUCUAGUCAAUGUUACAGAGGAAUCAUACUUCUAUCGUCAUUUCAAAGGGAAACUUAACGAUACGGAAUACAUCACAGUCGAGGAUAAACUAGAUUUACAAGCGAGAGGAGCUUCGACUGUCCAGGCGGUUAUCCAAGCGUACCGCGAUUUGAAAGAUUAUGUUGAAAAUGUCUACAUGGCACACACCAGACCCGGUAUAGGAGUCAACACUCUAGCCAACGGGGAGGAAUUCUAUAGGGCCUGUCUUAAGUGGCAUCUGUCGGUGGACAUGUCACCAGAGGAAGUCCAUAAUCUAGGCCUGCAGGAGGUCGAGAGGAUCUACCAAAACAUGUUAAAUGUGAUGAAAAGACAACAGUUCGACGGGAACGUUAAGGAAUACUUCGCCGCCCUGAAUAACGACUCUAGAUUCGUAUGGGAUGAUGCGGACCGAAUCAUCGAGGAGUAUGAGCACAUUAUUGAUGAGAGGAUCGCCCCGAAACUGCCGCUAUACUUCAAGGAUAUUCCAGAUAUACCUAUUGUGGUAGAGAAGAUGUCUAAUGACGGACCAGGAGGAACAUAUGGUGCGGCUACGGACGAAUCCCCAGGGUUCUUCUACGUUAACUUAUUUCGACCGAGGGAAAACCCUACGUAUGAAUUCAUGAGCCUGGCUUUACAUGAGGCCAGCCCCGGACACCACCUACAGCAUAUCGUUGGUCUAAAAGCUGAUUUGCCUGACUUCCGAAGUCAACUAGAAUAUUCGUUUUAUGACGUUCCUUUUUAUUUCCCUUUCUAUACUGCUUACGUUGAGGGAUGGGCCUUGUAUGCCGAAUAUCUCGGUGAGGAGAUGGGACUUUAUAAAGACGACUAUGAGCUGAUGGGUCGGUACAGUGCGGAAAUGUUACGAGCUUGUAGACUAGUGGUGGAUACGGGCCUCCAUUACUUCAAUUGGGAACAACAAAGAGCUAUUGAUUACAUGUUAAAUUACACCGCCUAUUCAACUGAAGCCAUAACUAUAGAGGUUAACCGGUACAUCACCUGGCCCGGACAGGCGUGUGGAUACAAGUUCGGAGAAAUUCGCAUAAGGGAGCUGCGAUCCAAGGCGGAAACGGAACUGGGUUAUUUGUUUGACAUCCGUGACUUCCACUCAGUGAUUCUGACGAAUGGUGCUAUGCCGCUAAGUGUACUGGAAACGACCGUCAAUGAUUGGAUCACAAACACAAAGAAAACUGCUCAAACAACAUCAGCCGUCGCCCCCGUUCUACAAAGGGAGAUCAUACACACUUUUGGUUUACUCAUUAGCUGCAUAGUAUUGCGAAUCAUAUUCGUAUGAAACGAUGACAACAUCAAGUAAGGAAUUUCACCAGAUUGUGAUUAAGCAAUGAAAUAAUUAAAGUGUAAAGAAUUUCAUAUAUCACAGAGAGUUAGUUUGGAAUCGUUACUUUGGCAUUUAAAAAGUUUUUUUUUUUUUUUUAGUUUUUUUUAGAAUUUUGUUUUAAUUUAAAAAUAAAUCAAUUAAUAUUUUAUAUUAAAUCAGAACUAAAUGAAAACAAGCACUAGACGGAUUUCAUUCUUUUUAUGAUCAUUGGUUAAUAAUAAUGUUAAUUAUAUGCAAAAAUUGUACUUUGACAAUGGCCGCCAAUAGAAUUCCAGACGCUAUGCUUAUUGCUCUGCCAAAAAGUUAGGUAGAAGGUUGUUAUAUUUAUACGUCCCUCAUGCAUACAAGUAUAUAAACAUGUGAAAUUGUCAUAUGGAACUGACAGAAAUGUCUCAUAUACUGUAUAAGUACGAUGUAUUUUAGAAGAAGGAACAGCUGUAAGAUUCUGUUCUAUAUUCAGUAUUCUGAAUUCUUAAUGUGUUAUUUACUUAAAUGUCUCCUGUAUAAUCCUGUCAUAUAUAUAGUAUCAUUAUAUCAUACUUUUAUGUCAUUUUUUCUUUAUGUGUGUAUCAAUUAAUGAGUGGAGAUCGUUUUGAAAUGCAUAUAUAUAAAUCAGUUUUUAGGUCAUCUGACCCGAAGGCCAUAGCCGCCCUUUUGAAAAAACAUUUUAAGUUUCUUCUCAAGUUCCACCAGUGCUAUCGAGCUGAAACUUGCCUGAAAUGAUCCUGAUAUGAUCCUAACCAAGUGUUGUUUCUUCUCGGGCCGAUUUGAAAUCAAAGAUGGCCGCCAUAGCCGCCAUCUUGAAUAACACAUUAUAAUUUUCUUCUCAAGUUCCACCAGUGCUGCUGAGCUGAAACUUGCCUGAAAUUAUCCUGAUAUGAUCUUGACCAAGUGUUGUUAUUUAUUGGGCCGAUUAAAAAUGAAUCCGAGAUGGUUGCCAUGGCAGCCAUCUUGAUAAAACACAUUUUAAACUUUUUCUCCAAUUCCACUUGUGCCAUUGAGCUUGGAAAUAAGUGAGGAUACUAAGGAAGGAGAGCCAACAAAGUGUUGUUAUUUUUCGACCGCGUAAAAACUUUGACACGGCAGCCACGGCGGCCAUUUUGUAACAUGAUCGCACAAUUAUGGUUUUCCUGAACAACACCUAUUUCAAACAUCUUCUCAAGUUUCAACAUUGGGAUUCAGCACUAACUUACCUGAAAAGACCCUGAGAUGAUUCUGACCAAGUGUUGCUAUUUUUUGGAUGUGUCUGAAAUCAAAGAUGGUCGCCUUGGCCGCAAUCUUGAAAAACACAUUUUAAACUUCUUCUCCAGUUCCACUGGUGCCAUUGAGAUUGAAAUUGGUUAGGAUGGUUUUCCUGAACAACACCUAUUUCAAACUUGAAAUUCCGCCAGUGGGAUUCUGCUUUAACUUUAACUUAGAAAUUAUCCUGUCCUGACCAAGUGUUGUUUAUGUGGUCGGUCAGAAAUCCAAGAUUGCCACCAUGGCCACCAUUGCCACUAUAUACUUGCUACAGAGAAUACAUACUUCAAUAGUAUAAGGGUCUUUAAUUUAGAGUCAGAUGACCGUAAAGGCCCUUGGGGCUCUUGUUUAAUCAUUACAAGCAUGUGAAUAUCAAUACAAUGAUGCUAUGACAACGACUUCAAAUGAGGACCUUCGCCACUAAAUGAAAAGGACAAUGCAGUUUUGUUCGCGGUUUUAAAAAAGAAUAAGUAUUUGUAAGAUAAAGACGUGUCUACAU